AUGAUUGGCUGGCGACGGAGUGGCGAUCAGGCGAGCGACGCUGCCCGCGGUAACGCAAGGCGAGAGGAGGAGGAGCCUGCACGCGGAGGCGAGGACGACAAGGUAGAGCUCAGCCUGGCCGACGGCGUCGCGGCUGGUGCUGGCGAUCCGCCUCCAGGUGGAAGGUCCCUAUCCAUGCGAGAGUACGUGCGUCUGUCGCAAAUGCUGCGCGCCCAGGUGGUCGAUGACACCGACGCCCCUCCCUCCACCGCCGCACAACGCACUGACGCCCCUUUUACCUCCUCCACACCGUUCCAAACGCCUGCUGUCGCACCAACGCCCUUCCACACACCAGCUGUUGCAGCAACUCCCUUCCACACCCCUGGCGGUUUCAAACCCGCUUCUGGCGGCUCAACACCCACUUCCAACGGCUUGAAAUCUACGCCGUUUCACACCCCUGGCACGGCGGCAGCAGCAGCAGCGCCUGCCACGCCGUUCUUUGACGCAGCACACACCUUCGCCGCUCCUUCCAAAGGCUCUGAUAGGAUGGUGGCGCCAGGGAGGGGAUUUGUUGGUAGGGGGUCUGCUGGGAAAGGGUUGACUGGCGGAGAUCCGGGAUCUAGAUUCGCCACGCCGGUUACCAGUGGUUGGGCGUCGCCUGCUGACGUGGAUGGCGGUGAUGCUGACGGGGACGAGGACGAGGAGUUUCACACUCCAGAUGGCGGGGCUUCGCCAGUGGAUAUUGCCAAGGCGUACAUGAGAGGCGGCCUCCGCGCUUCUGCCAAGCGAGCUCGCGACAGUGACGAGGCAGAUGCUGAUUGGCUAAGGGGAUCCGAGUCAGCACGACGCACUCGCCCGCGUGCCUCCCACCAGCCCAGUCGCCUUGCCCUAGUAUCCUUCCCCCCUAGCCCCACCUCCUUCCCCGGUCCUAUCACAAGGCAUUCAGCUUCCGUCUUGGGGGUUUUAGCUGCCCCUCCCCUCCCUCCUCCUGCGCUCUUUUCUGCUGGGGCUGGAAGUUUUCUCCCCUCUGCCCGUCUCCGUGGGCAGGCUGCCCGUUCCCACGCGUUUGCCUCUCGCAAUAGCAGCAGCGGGCCGCGUCUGCUGCCCGGGGAGCUGCCCGGGUUUUCUCUGGGCGCUAGGAAGGGCGCGUGGGAUAGGGCGUUUGAAGGAGUAGGAGACGCGAAAGGGCUGUUUCCUGAGAGGGAUACGUUUGGGCUGUUCGGGCGAAAGGGGUCAGGCAGAGAGGGGAAUAGGCGGUUAGAACAAGACCGGCGCCAACAGGGCACGGGGGCGCAGGGGGAGAUGGGUGCAGGCGAAGGUGAGGGGCGCGGAGGCAUGGGGGGAAGCGGAGGGGGGAACAGGGUUGGUGGUGGUGCUGGCGGGGAUAGGGGUUUGGGUGGUUUUGAUGGGGCGAGCGGGGAUAGGGAUGGGUUUGGUGGGUUUCGUGGGGAUGGGGGCGGGUUUGGCGACAGGGGCGUGGAUGGCUGGAAGAGAUUGCUGGGCGCAAGUUCCAGGCUCGGCGACCGUGGGAAAGGUUCCACUGAUGCUCGAACAGGUGUAGGCACGGGAUUCGGCACAGGAACGGGAACAGGCACGGGAACAGGAACGGGGGUAUCAGGUUCGGAGGGGACGAAAGCGGCGGGUGCUGCUCCGGUGUUUGCUUUUGGUGCCUCUGCCACACCUGCCACCGCACCAGCCAAGAGCGGCUUCACGUUUGGUGCUUCUGCCACUCCUGCCACUGCACCACCUAAGAGUGGAUUCGCCUUUGGCGCUGCUCCUGCUGCUCCAGUUUUCGGAUCGGCCACUCCUGCUGCUCCAGUUUUCGGAUCGGCCGGCCCUGCUAAUGCAAAUGCUGCUGCUGCUGCAGGCACUACAGCUUCUUCGUUCACAGCGUCACCGUUUCCCUCUGGAGGGAGGGGCGGUGCGGGAGUAUCAGAUGCGAAGGGGGAUGGUGUAGAGGCUGGAGCAGGCGGAGGGGAUGGGGAAGCCGAUGAGGGAAGUGAACGACUGCAGUCUGACAGGCCAAAGAAGCGAGGUGGUGGUGGUGGUGGUGGUGGUGGUGGUGUGUCUGAAUGGAAAGCUACUGGUAGCCCUUUUGCUACUGCUGAUGGUGAUGGUGGUGUGUUCCCUAACCCAUUCAGAAUGGCGAAGAAGGACGAGAAGACUCCGAAGAAGAGUAAGAGCGAGGCGGCGGGCGAGGAGGUCGAGAAGACGCCGAAACGGAAAAAGAGCGACGCGACAGCGACGGAAGCGGCGGCGGCGAGCGGCGGCGAACGAUCGACGAAGAAGAAAAAGUCGGACGCCGCCGCGAGCGACGGCGCGACGCCGAAGAAAUUGAAGAAGAAGGAGAAGGAGGGGGGCGACAAGGGGGGUAAAGUUGAGAAGGACGAGGCGGCGGCGGCGGCGGAGGCGCUCAAGUGGCGGAACGUGUGCGCCAUCGCGAAGCCGCUGGCGGACCCGCCGUUCAACCAGAAAGUGCUACAGCUCGUUAAAAAAGCGGCGAAGCACAAGGGGUACCUGCGGCGAGGCGUGAAGGAGGUCGCCAAGGCCGUGCGCAAGGGCGAGAAGGGUGUGUGUGUGUUGGGAGGAGACGUGUCACCCAUCGAUGUCAUCUCACAUCUCCCCAUCGUGUGCGAAGAGGCCAACAUUCCCUACACCUACGUGCCCAGCCGUGCGGACUUGGGUAAUGCUGCCAUCACAAAGCGGCCCACUAGUGUAGUCUUGGUCUUACCGACGGCCUCAAAGGGGAAGGCUGGAGAAGUGGAGGAAGGGUUUUUGGAGGAGUUCAAAGCGGUGCAGGGUGAAUGUCAAGAGAGGCUUAACAAAUGGCUCCAAGAGAAAUGA